CUGUUCUUUUCUUCUUUUGACUUUCUCCACAACUCGAGUUCGUUCUUAUUCUUCUUCUUCUUCUCUGGGAUUUUAUGAAUCUUUGAAUUAUCAAAUAAAUCAACUAAGUAGAAGGAGAAAAAAAAAGUGGGAAAACAAUUAAUUGAGAAAUGGAAAGGAAGAAGGAAGAAGAAGUAGGAAAGGUGAGCGUGAUUGAAACAUGGCUGAGGAAGCAUCGUUUGGUAUACAUUGGAGCUACCAGACACCCUUUUAUUCAUAGCAUUCGAGAUGGCACCGUUGAUCUCUCUUCUUUCAAGCUAUGGCUGGAGCAAGACUAUAUAUUUGUCAGGGCAUUCAUCCCUUUCGUCGCCAGUGUCUUGAUCAAAGCUUCCAAGGAGUCAUCUGCUGAUGCUUGUGAUGAUUUAGAAGUCAUUUUGGGCGGUAUGGUUGCACUGAAUGAUGAAUUGAAUUGGUUCAAGAAAGAGGCUUCAAAAUGGGGUGUUUCGCUGUCCAAUGUUACCCCUAAAAAGGCUAACCUCAAAUACUGCAGACUUUUGGAGAGACUAGCAAGCCCAGAAGUUGAAUACACCGUGGCAGCCACAGCUUUCUGGGCUAUUGAAACGGUGUAUCAAGAUAGCUUUGCUCAUUGUCUGGAAGAAGAUUCCAACGUGCCUGAGGACCUAAAAGAGACUUGCAAAAGGUGGGGGAACGAUGGUUUUGGGCAAUACUGCGCCGCGCUCCAAACCAUUGCCGAGCGUUGUCUGGAAAAAUCAUCUGAAGACGAGCGCAAGAAGGCCGAGGUAGUAUUCUUAGACAUCCUUGAAAAUGAAGUUGAAUUCUGGAACAUGAGCCAGAAAGAUCAUGUAUAGCUUUAGUGAGUUAGCCGUGAAUAAAAUGUGAUCAGUUGUAUCCUUCGCAGUGAGUUUCUUCCUUUAAUAAAGUGGUCUUUCUUUUUGAUAAAUUCCAUUUGUUUUUCAGCAUUAUUGGCUUUCUUUGCUGAAAAUAACAGAGGGCCUAUAGCCUUGAUUUUGCCAAGAUUAUAAUCAAUAUUGCUAAAUUAACCCAAUAAAGAAAAUGAUAAUCUGAUUUGCAACA